AUGGGGUCACAUCAAGACACUGAGGCUGGUAGCCGUCAUGAUCUCGAUGACGAAGCUCUAGGAAGCCAUUUAAUCUCAUCACAAGAAAUACCCAAUCUAAAACUUCCAGUUACAACAUCUAAGAUCGGAUAUGGCCAAAGUAAUCCCACUUACUACCUGGAUGACGCUGCCGGAGCAAGAUACAUCUUGAGAAAGAAGCCUGUUGGGAAGGCCAUCAGCCCGGUUGCCCACCAGGUAGAUCGUGAGUUCAGAGUAUUGAAGGCUUUGGGAUCUGUUAAAGGGUUCCCAGUUCCCAGGGUUUUCACAUUGUGCAAUGACAGCUCUAUUAUUGGCACCCAAUUCUACGUCAUGGAAUUCGUCAAAGGGAGAAUCAUCACGGAUACGGACAUGGAAGAGCUUUCUCCAGAUGAUAGACGGCAGGCAUGGUUCUCCGCUAUCGAGACUCUGGCUUGGCUUCAUUCACUGGAUCCAGACAAGAUUGGACUUGAGGGUUACGGCAAGAAGACGGGAUUCUAUGCUCGACACUGCGCCACGUGGAGUCGCAUUGAGUUGCAGCAAGCUGCUGUCAAGCAUGUUAAGACUGGAAAACCCUUGGGUCGAGCUCAUAAGAGGUAUGACGAAGUGGUAAGAUAUGUGCGAGAGAACGUACCGUCAGAUCGACACGCGAUUGUCCACGGAGACUUCAAGUUCGACAACUUGGUCCUUCACCCAACUGAGCCAAGAGUUAUUGCUAUUCUCGACUGGGAACUGUCCACCAUCGGCCAUCCACUUAUGGACCUCGUCUUCUGCAUAAGUCCUUUCUUCUCUGACUAUACCAAGAGUGGAAAAUCGUCCCUGUCACUCCAGGACUCCCCAUACAAGCUAGAACAUCGAGCAAGGUCGGGUAUUCCUGAGCCAGAUGAACUUCUGGCCCGCUAUGCGGAGAUUGUGGGGUUCGACAUGCGCCAAGAUAACCGAGGUAAAGACUGGGAUACCGCGAUAAUCUUUCACUACCUUCGAGGAGCAACUAUAGCUCAUGGAAUCCAAGCAAGAUCUAUUAGUGGACAGUCCAGUAGUAGCUUCAGCCAUCUCUAUUUCUCAAAGACUAGGCAGGCGAUUGAAGCAGCUCUGCGCCGUAUUGAAUCCCUGAAGGAUCAGCAAACAUCAGAAAGCAAGCUUUAG